UUCAUCGACUAUUUUAUUCUAUUAGUAAGUUUUCGCAACACUAAACGACAUCAAAAUGUCAAACGUUUUAUAAAAUCAACGUCAAAACGUGAUAAUAUCACGCAUGGUGGUCGAUUGUUUUUAAAAAUACAUUGAACCAAACAUGAAAAUCCCAGAGAAAAAGAAAGAAAAGAAGGAUAAAACUAAAAAGAAACAGAAUAUUAAGCCGAAGAAGGAGCAUGUCUUGAUUGUAGCGCAAGAAUUUAAGUUCGCGCGUUUAUUAUCGGGCAACGAAAAGAAAACGCGCGACCGUGUGCUUAAAACGUUAAAAAAAUGGCUGUUAAACUGUUUUGAGAAGGGUUAUGAAUUCAAAGAGGAUGACUUUAUUAGAGUGUGGAAAGGAUUGUUCUAUGCUGUAUGGAUGUCAGACAAGCCACUUAUACAGGAGGAGUUAUGUGAGAACAUAGCAGGUGUCCUGGACCUGUUUCCCCCGGAGCAGCUCCAGGCCGCGCUGCUGAUGUUCCAUGCUGGACUGCGCGUGUUGGCCAGCGAGUGGUAUGGCCUGGACCAGCAUCGUACUGACAAGUUUUUGAUGUUGGUCCGUCGCUACCUCCGCGCGAGUCUCCGCUGCCUGGCGCGCUGUGACUGGAGUCUGAAAAGCUGUCAGCUCUACGCUAAAACACUGUCUGACAGUAAUGGUAUAUUUGCUGUGAAGACUCCACACUACGCGCGCAACGCCACGUCAAUGCUACUGCAUUUCGUUGACUGUUAUCUUGAAGAGAUUGCCAAGGUAUCAGGCGGCAGUAUCCCGGGCAGCAGCCUGUGCUCCCUGCUACAGCCUCUGCUGCAGUACCUGGUGUCGGGCGCGACCCCCUCCCUGCGUCAGGCCGCGCGGCGUCUGCUGAGCGCGCUGCUGCGACAGAGCCAGCCCGGGGUCAUGUACCAGGAGGCCACGAGGGCUUGGCAGAAGAUGGGAUGUCCCGAAGGCGGUCCGGAAUCCUUGGAACUGGUGUCUGAUGAUGAAGACGAUGAUGAACAGAAUGGCGUUGAAGUAACAGAUGAUGAAGAUGAAAGUACUCCCACAGCAUUAGACCCUCGCGCCGGCCGAGUAGACGUGGUACUGCCGACACUGCCGGUACCUGCAGAAGAGCUGGCGACCCUCAUACGAAGCUUACUGCCCACUGCAGCAUCAGGCAGACAUAAGACGCUGAGGAUAUGCUUGGAAAGAUUCGAGCAGCUAUCCCGUAACGAGUAUCCUCUCCGCGUCCAGACUCACACAGAGGACGAGGAGCCUUCUCCUCCGGCGAGGGUCAGGAGGAACAGGUCUGCUGCAGCCUUGCAUGCGCUCGAGAAGAAACUCGUCGCAAACUCUGAUGAACUGGCGUUGAGAGGUCUAAGCCGCAAACACCGCAAGCGCCUGCUGGCUAAAAGUCGCGCUGGAGCCAGCAUCGUGGAAGAAACACUCCGCGUCCGAGAGAAACUUAGCACACAAGCUAAUGGCGAUUGGAUCGUGGAACCGGCAGAGCCUGAACCCAAAAAACUAAAACAAACUCCAGCUAAAAACGAGAAGAAACGCAAAAACAAAGCGAUGGACGCCGGCGACAAGAAAAGACGCAAACCCGACACCAACAUCAAAGAGGCCGCCGAACAGGAACGACUAAAAGUCGCAGAGAAACCCCAAGUAGUGAAUAAGCUAGAAAAUAACCUCAAAAAAGUAGUCAAUGGAAAAAUCGAAAAGAAGACCUUACAAAAUGGAAAUGUCGAGAAAAAAGACAAAGCAAAACUCAAAAAAAGUAAUCAAAAUAAACUCAGCCCGCAAGUACCGAAACCUACAGUUAACAAUAUCCCAGAAAAACAAAAUAAUAUAAACAAAAAAGAAAUAGUUACCCCGAAAUUAGUCCAAAACAAAAAUCCAAAAACUCUAGCAGAGAAAUCAAAAAAUGUCAAACAACCAACAGUCUUAGUGAACAAGGUCAAAACAUUUCAAAAACAGACGAAAAAAAUAGAAAAUUCAGAUAAAAAUAACCAUUUUGAUACGCCUAAGAAAGUCAAGUUUGUGCUAAAAAACAAUUCUAUGCAACAACCGUUUGACUAUUAUAAGAGCGUUAGGCAAAGCCCUAAUAUUCCCUUUGACAGCUCUAGAAAACCAAGCAAGACCAACUUGAAACCUUCAACGCCCUCUCCCAUUAAUCCUUUUUUCAAAAAGAAGUUAAAACUAAGGAAAUAAAGUGUAUUUAAGUUUUUAGUAAAAGUUUAAAUUGUGUCUCCCUAUUGUGGUUUUAAUUUAAAUAUAUUUGUGGGAUAAUGUCAAAAUUGAAUCAUGUCUAAUAAUUUUAAAGAUAUGAAAUAUUUCCUGUUUUUAACCAAUUUUCGAAAGUCACUGUCUCAUAUUCUGAAUGAGAUUAAAUAGUUUUAAAAUAAUUAUUUUUAACUUUAAAGUAUACAAGAUAAAAUUAAGAAGAAAGAAACAGAACAUCCAAUCGUUGAUCUGUUUUAGUGCUAAAGUGCCACAGACAGACACACAAACUCAUAGCAACAAACUUUCUUAUUUUUUUUUUAAAGAGAAAUAUUUGUUUUUGUUACGGCUUCAAUCAAUUUAUCAUAAAUUUCGGUCAUGAUUACUUUUAUUUAUUUGAAGAUCCCAUAUCUUCAAUUCGACAGACAUAUGGCUAUAUAACACUUAGGAGUUUCCGUGACUACAUUCUAAAGUUACACAAAUUAUCUUAUCUCGGAUGGUAGACAUAAAAAUCAUAAAUUAAUUGUAUAUUUAUGUAUAUGUUCUGGUUCUAUUGUCUUGUAACAUCUGUAAAUAUGUCUCCCGAGCUGAUUAAAUUAUCCAUUUCCGUGCUUAGAAUUAUGCAAACGAGUAUUUUUAUACACAUAACUCAUUUGUUAUUUGUAUAAACUUUAACACAUGGAAUAUAAUUUUCACGGUUCCCUGCCGAAAGGGUAGUUUCGGCUAUCUAUUUGUCACUUGACUGUAUCUCAUAAAACGCGUAAAAAUGCCAUAGCACCCUUUUUUUCGCAAUAAUUGUGGAAAUUAAGUUAGAUUUUUUAGUUAUGGGUCAUAAUGACCCAGUAGCUAUUAUAAGAGAGACCUUGUGUAGGUAAAUUGUUGUAUUUUCGUUUUUGCCUGUAGUUACCUAUGUAUAUAGUUGUGACUGCGAGGGAUCGCUUAUGUGUUACAUUCAAUAAAUAUGAAGUUUGAAAAUA